AUUUGCCACCGCGUCGAAGCUCAAUUCUCCAUCUUUUCGCUUCGCUAAAUACUGUUGCGAAAAAAUACCCUGCCGAUCCACUCGAGCACUUUUACAUUGCGAGCGUGGGCAUCGGAAUCGGAUCGGCCUCAUUCGACCUGACGGACACAAGUGCAACGAGUCGAGAUGAGUUGUUUAUGCUGGGGAGACGCCGAGCGCACACGAAAGCUCAAGCAGGCGCUGAGCAAACCGGAACAGCUCGAAGUGAGCGCACUCGAGUUGCUGGACAAGCACAAGAAGGAGAGCGACACGUCCUCUGGAGGCCGCACGAGCUGCUCCAGCCACGACAUCUGGGACGACGACGACUGCAGCGACGACGGCUCCGUCUCCAGCAGCUUCUCGCGUAGUCCCUCGCCCGUCUCCAAGACGGCGGUGACAGAACCUUUGCAACUCGCCCUGGAGGCCUGCCAAAACAACUGGAAGAACGAGCACAAGACGCAGCCACCGCUACCGAGCGGAUCCCCGACGAAACACAGGAUGAAGGACCACGAGAGCUACUUGAAGACGCUGAGAACUGCGGCAUUCGGACUGCGUCGAGUGAUGCCUAUUGUGGUCCCCGCGGAGCUCGUACCCCCCACCGAGUACGAUUUGCGCAGUACCAACGGCCUCAUGAAAUGUGUCAAUGCCAUUUCGCCAAUGCCAACCGCUGAACAGAUGAGCGCCAAACACUUGGCAAUCAACGAGUUGCAAAGAACUGUGGAUAUUUGGCUACGACGCACACUUGACAAGUUGGAGGGAGUGGCAACUCAAAGUGAAACAAAGUCAACCGAGACUGCGACUCUGUUGCUGGGUGGGAGUUGGCACCUCAAGGUUGGAAAUGCCGAGUCGGAUCUGGACGUUGUGGCGUUCAUGCCUCACUCUGUGACUGCCGAAAUCUUCUUCAGCUCGUUGUGCGAACACCUCGGGCAGGAAACAUCCGUCUCCGACCUCGUCGCUCGACGUAAAGCUGCCGUUCCUGUGCUUUCCUUCCAGCUGAACGCGGUCCGGAUCGACUUGCUGUUCGCUCGGUACGCACAGAAGCAGGCAGUGCCCAAACACUUGCCGUUCUUGCCUGGAGACGACAUGCAGGUGAUGCGUGGAAUGGACGCCACGUCGGUGCGUUCGCUGUCUGUUGCUCGCGUGGCUUCGCUCAUUCUCGAGCUUGUGCCAAACGCCAGUGUGUUUCGAUCUUGUCUGCGUGUGAUUCGCCUCUGGGCGAGAUGUCGCGGCCUAUAUUCCAACAAGGCCGGGUACCUUGGUGGCAUUUCAUGGGCGCUACUGGUCUGUUUUGUGUGUCAAAUGUUCCCACGUGCAAGUGUGGCUUCACUUGUUCACCGGUUCUUUUCGGUCUUGGCGUCUUGGCGUUGGCCUACGCCCAUUCUAGUGGCACACCCUUCAAACGGAGGCAAGGCGGACAACGAAGUGCAAUGGGAUCCGCAACACAACAUCCACGAUCGAGCACACCUCAUGCCGAUCAUCACUCCGGGCUUCCCUGCUGUCAACACUGCUGUGAAUGUCAACAUUUCCACGCUGCGUGUGCUACGCGAGGAGUUUGCUCGCGGUCAACGCAUCAUGGACGACCUGCGUCGUCGCAGUCUCAGUCACCCGUCGUCGUGGAACCAACUCUUCACACCUACCGAAGUGCUGGUCCGAUACGACCACCACGUGGCUAUUGAGUUGCGUGCACCAACCGAGGAAGCUUUGGCCGAGUGGUCCAGCUUUGUUGCCAGUCGAACUCGGAAACUAGUGGAGACUUUGCAGCAUACUCCCUUGGUAUCAUCGCUUCAUCCAUUACCCGAUCUAGUGCGUCCUCAAGGCAAAGAAGCAAACGAGAACAACGCAGUGGUCGGCUAUUACUUUAUUGGAUACACUGUCAAUGCACCGAUGCCGCAGCCUCGCCGCGGUGAUCGCAGACAUCCAGCUCGAACUCCUGUUCCCAGCAAAAUGAGCCAAGAGGAACUCGCUAAAAACUCUGUGGCAUCAGCAACACGGUACUUCCUGGCUACGGAGCUGGACACUGCUGCUGAGAAGAAACCGGGCAUGGAAGUUGAGAUUAACUACCGUUCGUGGAACGACCUGCCAAGUGCCAUUUUCCCUGGUGGACGCAAGGCUGCAGUCGGUGACCGUGCGAGGUAUAUUUUGAGUCAAGCACAUCAUGUGAACCUUGCCCUGGGCUUAGCUCGUUAGGGCUAUGAAUAUGAACAUCGAUCCAUUCUUCGGUGCUUUCGUGGAUAGCAUCUAGGAAGGCAUGCGGGAUAUUUAAGAAAAAACGAAAAAAAUAAUAAUGAAAAAAAAAAUACUUCAGAAACACUCACUGCUGGCGUUUUAGUAGACUUUUCCAGCACACCACUCAC